AACAGGUAUCGUCACAAGGCAAGACUGAAUGUCGUAAACGUGGUUGUCACCGUGGGGGGAUGUAGUCGCCGAUGCAGGUGACAGUGAUUGGUGAUAGUCACGGUGUUGGGAGAUAGUCACAGUGAUAGGAGGUACUUACAGUGAUUGGUGAUAGUCACAGUGGUUGGUGAUAGUCACGGUGUUGGGAGGUAGUCACAGUGAUUGGAGGUACUUACAGUGAUUAGUGAUAGUCACAGUGGUUGGUGAUAGUCACGGUGUUAGGAGAUAGUCACAGUGAUUGGAGAUAGUCACAGUGAUAGGAGGUACUUACAGUGAUUGGUGAUAGUCACAGUGGUUGGUGAUAGUCACGGUGUUGGGAGGUAGUCACAGUGAAUGGAGAUAGUCACAUUGAUUGGAAAUAGUCACAGUGAUAGGAGGUACUUACAGUGAUAGGAGGUACUUACAGUGAUUGGUGAUAGUCACCGUGUUGGGAGGUAGUCACAGUGAUUGGAGGUACUUACAGUGAUUAGUGAUAGUCACAGUGGUUGGUGAUAGUCACGGUGUUAGGAGAUAGUCACAGUGAUUGGAGAUAGUCACAGUGAUAGGAGGUACUUACAGUGAUUGGUGAUAGUCACAGUGGUUGGUGAUAGUCACGGUGUUGGGAGGUAGUCACAGUGAUUGGAGGUACUUACAGUGAUUAGUGAUAGUCACAGUGGUUGGUGAUAGUCACGGUGUUAGGAGAUAGUCACAGUGAUUGGAGAUAGUCACAGUGAUAGGAGGUACUUACAGUGAUUGGUGAUAGUCACAGUGGUUGGUGAUAGUCACGGUGUUGGGAGGUAGUCACAGUGAAUGGAGAUAGUCACAUUGAUUGGAAAUAGUCACAGUGAUAGGAGGUACUUACAGUGAUAGGAGGUACUUACAGUGAUUGGUGAUAGUCACCGUGUUGGGAGGUAGUCACAGUGAUUGGAGGUACUUACAGUGAUUAGUGAUAGUCACAGUGGUUGGUGAUAGUCACGGUGUUAGGAGAUAGUCACAGUGAUUGGAGAUAGUCACAGUGAUAGGAGGUACUUACAGUGAUUGGUGAUAGUCACAGUGGUUGGUGAUAGUCACGGUGUUGGGAGGUAGUCACAGUGAAUGGAGAUAGUCACAUUGAUUGGAAAUAGUCACAGUGAUAGGAGGUACUUACAGUGAUUGGAGAUAGUCACAGUGAUUGGUGAUAGUCACCGUGUUGGGAGGUAGUCACAGUGAUUGGAGAUAGUCACAUUGCUUGGAAAUAGUCACAGUGAUAGGAGGUACUUACAGUGAUAGGAGAUAGUCACAGUGAUUGGAGAUAGUCACAGUGAUAGGAGGUACUUACAGUGAUUGGAGAUAUUCACAGUGAUUGGAGAUAGUCACAGUGAUAGGAGGUACAUACAGUGAUUGGUGAUAGUCACAGUGAUUGGAGAUAGUCACAGUGAUAGGAGGUACUUACAGUGAUUGGUGAUAGUCACAGUUAGUAGUGGUAGUCACGGUGUUGGGAGAUAGCCACAGUAAUUAGUGGUAGCCACGGUGUUGGGAGAUAGCCACAGUAAUUAGUGGUAGUCACGGUGUUGGGAGAUAGAAAAGGUGACAGCCACAGUUUCCACUAAUAUCACGUCCGUGAUCCUGAAAAUAAUCACAUUCCGCCAUAACACCAAACAUCGUGAAGAAUCAUCGUUUUAUCACUCACACGAAAUUCGAGCAGAUAUGCACAGCCUCGUUCUUGUAUUGUUCGCAUGCACGUGCUGCACGUGGGCUACCAAGGCUGGUAAUCUGACUGACAUCUACCUCAUAGGACUAUUUCCCCUUUCGGGGCCGUGGAAUGGAGGCCAGGCGAUGCUUCCUGCUUCUCAAAUGGCUGUCGAAGAUAUCAACAACAGGUCUGAUAUACUGCCUGGGUACCGACUCAACAUCAACUGGACGGAUACUCAGUGUGACGCAGGUUUGGGGGUCAAGGCGCUGGCGGACGCCGUGUGUCAGUCCCCUACUAAGAUCAUGAUAAUCGGGGAAGGGUGCUCCCCCGUCAGCCAGGCAGUAGCACAGGCAGCCUACAGGUGGAACCUAAACCAGAUAUCGUAUGUUUCCCUGUCGAUGACGCUAUCCAACAAGGACAUGUACCCGAACUUCUUCAGGGUCGUGACGUCAGAGCAUGCUUCCAAUGAUGCUCGGAUGGCCAUUUUCAAACAUUUCAACUGGCGACGAGUUGCCACUAUGCAUGAGUCCCACCACCUGUUCUCCACGAUGGUCGAGGACAUAGUGAAACGAAUGGAAGCAGAAACAUUUGAAAUCGCUACUCAAGUUAUCUUCAGCCAGGACCCAGAAACUGCCGUCCGCAGUUUAAAGGAGAAAGAUGCCAGGAUCAUCAUGGCCGGCUUUUAUCGAGACAAGGCGAGGAAAGUAUUUUGUCAUGCUUACAGAAUGGGGUUCUACGGAAAGCAGGUCUGGAUAAUGUCUGGCUCACUGGCCUAUGACGAGAACUGGUGGAAGGAGAAGGAUGACAGUAUUCCCUGUACACCUGACCAGCUGCAAAAGGUGCUGCAGGGGACCCUCAUCGUCGACAACAUCCACUACAACCCGAACGAGACUGAAACAGGCUUCACCGGCAUGUCAGCACGGACGUACCGGCAACGCUUCGUGGAAGAGACGAAGAACCUUCCCCAGCCGGUCAGCGGUUCUGAGCGAUCUCCAACAGGCUAUGACAGUGUGUGGGCAGCCGCAAUCAUCCUCAAUAAAACCAUGAAUAAUCUCACAGACUCUGGGAGUGCUAAAACACUGGGCAGCUUCAACUACAUGGAUGCGGAGAUGGCUGGACUGAUGAAAGCUCAGAUUCCGCGAGUUGACUUCACAUCAGUAUCUGGCCGUGUCGCGUUUGACAAGAAUGGAGAUGGACUGCGACUCAUUGGGGUGCAGAUGAUUCAAGGGGCCGGACUGAGGACAGUGGGGCUUUUUGAUCGCACCUUGCCAGAAGGAGAACAGCUGAGAAUUGAUGAUAUUUGGGAAGGAGACACGCCGGUGGACACAAGACAGGUCCGGCAAGAGUACCUGUCCCUGUCUGAGCCCCUCUACGCCAUCAUGACGACUCUAGCCUGUCUCGGGGGUAUCCUCACCGUCACCUUCCUGUCGUUUAACAUCAUCUAUAGGAACGAGAAGAUUAUACGAAUGUCAUCUCCCACAAUCAACAACAUCAUCCUCAUGGGUUGUUUCCUCGCCUACAUCAGCGUCAUCACAGAGGACAUCGCCAACACUCACAACAGCCGAUUCUGCCAGGUUAAGGCCUUCCUGCUUCUACUGGGUUUUUCUCUGGCAUUCGGUGCGCUGUUUGCCAAGACCUGGCGAGUGUACGCCGUCAUCACCGCCAGCCUCCAGAUGAAGAAACGGGUUGUGAAGGACCGCACGCUGUGUUUGAUGAUAGCAGCUCUGGUAUUGAUGAACUCCACCUUCCUCAUCAUCUGGAGCCUGGUGGAUCCACAGACGUUGAUCGUCAUGGAGGUCAAAGAGAAGAGAGAGGUGAAAGAUGACGUCAUCAUCCAGCCUGUAGUUCGUUACUGUUCUUCCUCCAAUCAGAACUACUUUCUGGCAGCCAUAGGGACGGUGCAGGGCGUGUGUCUCCUUCUUGGUGGAUUUUUAGCCUGGGAAACUAGGAAGGUGAAGUUCUCCUCCCUGAACGAAUCUCGGUACAUCGCGAUGUGUGUCUACAACGUGGCAACCCACGGCGUCCUCGGUGUCAUCGUCUCUAUCAGUCUCCGCAACAACAUCACCCUCAAAUACGGCACCAUAUCUAGCAUCAUCAUUCUCUGUGUCACUGUCACCCAGUGUCUGCUGUUUGUACCCAAGGUGAGAGCCUUCAGGAGAUCUCUGCGCGGGGGCCUGAAGGACAAUGGUAUGCCCAGCACCAACGACUGGUCCGUACCAUCGAGGACAUCGUCCACCGCCACACAAACAGAUUCAGACGCAACCCUCCCAUAAUCCUGGAACUGAUAUUGUGGACAGGGAGGUUGGAAGGGACGGUUACUUUACUCAAUCACAGGUUCACGACAUACCAGGACAGAUUGAGAACGAGUAUGUCUCACUGUCACCAAGUGGCUAUCCAGCCAACCCAUUCGUGAUCAACUCCGGGACUUCUUGCAGGUUACGGAAAGGGGCGAGUGGUGACGAAUGCCAGCCACCCAUCCAGCCAAUCAUCGACCAUGCUUAUAAAUCGAUAUCCUGAGGACAAAGUAUUAUACCUGUGAUAUCUGGAACAGUUAUUAUACCUUUAAUAUCUGGAACAGUUAUUAUACCUGUAAUAUCUGGAACAGUUAUUAUACCUGUGAUAUCGGGAACAGUUAUAAUACCUGUGAUAUCUGGAACAGUUAUUAUACCAGUGAUAUCUGGAACAGUUAUUAUACCUGUGAUAUCUGGAACAGUUAUUAUACCUGUGAUAUCUGGAACAGUUAUUAUACCUGUGAUAUCUGGAACAGUUAUUAUACCUGUGAUAUCGGGAACAGUUAUAAUAUCUGUGAUAUCUGGAACAGUUCUUUUACCUGUGAUAUCUGGAACAGUUAUUAUACCUGUGAUAUCGGGAACAGUUAUUAUACCUGUGAUAUCGGGAACAGUUAUAAUACCUGUGAUAUCUGGAACAGUUAUUAUACCUGUGAUAUCGGGAACAGUCAUUAUACCUGUGAUAUCGGGAACAGUUAUAAUACCUGUGAUAUCUGGAACAGUUAUUAUACCUGUGAUAUCUGGAACAGUUAUUAUACCUGUGAUAUCUGGAACAGUUAUUAUACCUGUGAUAUCUGGAACAGUUAUUAUACCUGUGUUAUCUGGAAAAAUCGUUUUUCCUGCAAUAUAUGAAUCAAUUCCAUUCCUGUUAUUAACUGGAACAAAUAUUAUUCUAGCAAUAUCUGGAACAAUUUCAAUUCCUGCAAUAUCUGGAACAAUUAUUGUUCCUGCAAUAUCUAGAACAAUUUCUUUUUCUGCAAUAUCUGGAACAAUUCCUUUUUCUGCAAUAUCUGGAACAAUUUCAUUUCCUGCAAUAUCUGGAACAAUUUCUUUUUCUGCAAUAUCUGGAACAAUUUGCUGCGGGCCUCGAUUUGGCUUGCGCAACACUCUGAUGACGGGGACAAAUGACCUGUUACACUAAGCACUGUCCAUUUUAUUUAAACUGGAUAUUAAUCGUUUUUAAUAAAUACUAAUUUCUG